AUGGCUUCGUCUUCUUCAUCAUCUCCAGAAAUUACAUCCGUCGUGAGUCCUGAAACUCAGCGGCGAUUUUCCUAUAAAGAUGCAACCCAUGAAGAAGUUCUUGAAGACCUUUCCAGUCGCUUUAUUUUGAAUCUUCCCGAUGAAGAGCUUGCAUCCUUAGAGCGAAUAUGUUUCCAAGUAGAACAAGCCCACUGGUUUUACGAAGACUUCAUUCGUGAAGAGAACCCCAAAUUCCCUACUUUGCCACUGAAGAAGUUUUCCGCCAUGCUAUUCCACGCAUGUCCCCUCCUUCACCAAUGGAGCGACGAUCACGAACGUGCAUUUACCACCUUCAUGCAAUAUAAAACACGGGUUCCGGUUUGUGGUGCUAUCAUGCUUAAUUCUACGUGGGAGAAGUGUGUUCUUGUGAAGGGCUGGAAAUCCUCUUCUGGUUGGGGUUUCCCUAAAGGGAAAAUAAACGAGGUUGAACCACCACCUGACUGUGCUAUUCGAGAGGUACUUGAAGAAACGGGGUAUAAUCUGGCAGGCCAAUUAAAUCCUGAGCAUGUUGUUGAAAUAUCCAUCAAGCAGCAAAAAAUUUCAUUAUUCAUUGUUCCUGGAGUUCCGGAAGACUUUCCAUUCAAAACGAAAACACGCAAAGAGAUUAGUAAAAUUGAAUGGUUCAAACUCACGGAUUUGCCCACCUGGAAACGUAACAAAGCAGCCCCCGGAAAAUUCUAUCUGAUUUCACCCUUUAUCGUUGAAUUAAAAACAUUUAUUAAUCAACACAAACCUCGGAAUGCAGGUCGAAGGUCAACAAAUCACAAAGCUAACUCGGCGACUGCAUCUGCUAAUUCCCGUGCAAAGCGUGUUGUGGUGAACCCGGCGGAUGUCCUUGUAAAUCACGAAUCGGUAUCUCAUACAUCCCCUCUCGAUAAUCGUGAUCUGCAAACUCCCUCUUCUCAAAGCAAAGAUUCCGACCCUCGCGUCGAAGAUAAUAAAUCAUCGUCGCUUUCUGAUUCUAUGGACCCUCACUUUGCACGGCUCCUUUCGUCACUUACUAUGUCUGCUGCCGCUUCCCCGGCUGCAGGGUCCGAAGCGUCUGGAGGGCCCAUUGCAGUUUUGGGGAAUCCGCUACCUAAAGAUUUCACUGGGCCGAACUCCGUUCCAGAACCCCUUAUAUCUUCCCAAGUUGGCGUGAAAUCCGACUGGUCCUCAUCGGCCUCUUCCCACGUCCCUCUUCAGUCUGAUGAAUUACCACCACCACUCCCCUCACCAGCAUCAGACAGUGAAAAACCUGUACUCAAUGUCGAUUCGCGGGAGUCGGAAACCUAUCAAUUACUAUCUCCUCACGUCGUUGUGAACGCUCGUGAUGGGGAAAGUAGCGUUCAUCCACCUCGACCUCAGAUUGCUGCUUCACCAAUACAAUCUACAGUACAAUCUACAGCCCGCGUCAAUACUUCCCGCCGCGUAUCAACGGCAGAUGUAUCUCCCUAUCUCUCGAGGGCUGUAGAGGUGCCUACCUCGGCGAAAAGACUUCAGCAACUUGCUUUGUUGGAAUCUGUUGCUGAUGAAUCUGCCAGGAUGACGCCGCUUUUGGCUUCACGUGCCGUGGUCCCCCAUAUGAGGUAUCCAAUACCUUCACCGUCUAAUCCGCCGCAACCUAUGUCCAUGUAUAACUUGAACUCUGCCCUCCCUUCCAACCAACUUACUGCUCAUCCUGAGGCGAAUGGGCCCUUCAAACCCUUAUAUCCUUCUUCAGGGCACGUCAACAACAAUCACGAUCCUUUCCAAGUUCGCGCUCGUACCAGUCAAGCAUUCCGUCGCAAUCCAAUCCAACCUUAUUCAGGCAGCAUGAGCAUGAAUCAAAGUCAGUUAUUGAAUAUCAUGAAUGGCGCUGGACCAUCUCCAGCGUUGCGGAGUUCAGGAUACUAUCCUUCUUAUCCGUACCCUCCAUUUGGCACUGCCAACUCAGCGACUAUCGUUCAACCUCUACCGCAAGCUGCUGCACCGGCAGUUUAUCAGAAUCAUGGACCUACAAUUCCUAAAGUCUCCUCUAUCUCCCUUAAUCCAGCGAUGCCCAACGUGCUGGGAAAUGGAUUAGGUGCCUCUACAAAUCCGCUAUUGUCAAUUUUGAACGCGAGAACCACUGGUCUAGGGCCGUCCCACACAUGA